GUAGCUCCACUUUGCUGGUGGCAACAGUCGCGUGGACAACUAUGUGGAGCACAAACCGCUAUCUCUGGUUAAUUGGACUUUUGCUGCUGCUCUCGUGCCUGCAGAGCGUGCAGCUAAAGAAAUACGUCGUAAGGACGGACGGGUGCAAGAUCGAGGAUCCGUAUCCAUAUGAUGCCGAAGUAUGGCGUCACUUUAAGCGCAUGAAGUACACGCCCUGCAGCACACUGCAGCCUCUAACCCGGAUGGAGUACAAUGCCAGCUCGGAGUUCUAUCAGCUCCAUAUCGAUCCGAGCGCGUUCCAGCAGUAUCUGAAGAUUGACCUCGACUUUGCGGCGCAGUCGGCGAGCUCGCCCAGCUGCUGCUAUAUGCCCGUGGAGCGUGUCACGGAGAAGGAGGUGGAUCUGGGCGCCACAUGCAUUCCCUUCCAGAGUGGAGUGCAGCUGCGCAACAUGACGAUCGGCUUCCUGGUCGAGUGCUAUGCGAAUGGCAAAAGGAUCUAUACGAACGGGCACGCAACUGUGCCGGAGCGCGGGAACGUGCGUCGCCGGCUGCAAAAAUGGACGGAGGAACGUGGAGGAGCUGCGCCCAGUGUGCUGCUCGUGGCCAUGGACACGAUCUCGCGGCAGCAGCUGAUGCGAGCGAUGCCCCUGACACGGCAAUAUCUGCAGUACACGGGCUGGUUCGAGCUGGCGGGCUACAACAAGGUGGAGGACAACACGUUGCCCAAUGUGCUGCCUUUGACGACGGGCUACAAUCGCAAUAGCGUGAACCGCAUGUGCAAUCCGCAUGAGGAGAAGGGUCUGGAACGUUGCACGUUCAUCUGGAAACUCUAUCAGGAUCUGGGCUAUGUGACGGCCUUCGGGGAGGAUGACACGCCCAUCAACACGUUCAACUAUCUGAUCAAGGGCUUUCGCCAACCGCCCGUCGACUAUUAUUUGCGUCCCUAUCUGAUGGCCGCGGAGCAGUGGCUGGACGGGAGCGGGAGCCAGCUGGAGCAGGAUGCGCAACCGUGCCUGGGCUAUCGGCAUGCCGCGGAGCAUGUGUACGAGUUUGCGCUGGAGUUCACGCGUCGCUAUCGGAACGAUAGCUUCUUUGGGUUCUUCUGGACGAACACGCACAGCCACGGGAACAGCAUUAGCCGGACGAGCGCAAUGGAUCGGUAUAUGCGCACGUUCUGGAAGCGCAUGUUCGAGCAGGGCACCAUGGAGCAGACAAUUGUGUUCUUCCUCAGUGAUCAUGGCCUGCUCGACGGAUCCACCAGGCGGACGCCGCUCGGCUGGCUGGAGGAACGUUUGCCCUUUCUAUAUAUUUGGUUGCCGCCGCAUUUAAGGCAAUCCCAUCCGGAAUUUGUCGAAGCACUGAGUCUGAAUCGUCAACGUUUGACCAGUCCGUUCGACGUGUUUGUCACGCUGAAGCACAUCCUCCGGCUGGCCAGUCCCAAUGACCUGGCCCAUUUGGUGGGCGAUGCCGUCGAUUGCCCCAGCUGCCAGAGCCUGCUGCAGCCGGUGCCGCUGGGCAGGACCUGUGCGGAUGCCGGCAUUCCGGAGCAUUGGUGCACCUGCAGAUCCUACCACAUCUACAGCAGAUAUACGUCGGCGGAUUAUCUGAUGGCCCAGUUGAUGGUGCAGCAUAUUAAUGCGCUUUUUGAGAAAUACGGCGAUGGAAAAUAUGCGGGUCUCUGCAAGCCCUUGACCCUGAUGAACAUCACCCGGGCCUCGAUUGCCCGGCUUAAUAAUGCCGAUAAUCCGCGCAUCUCAAUACAUCGGAUACAGAUCCAGGUCGAGCCAACAAAGUCGAUUUUCGAGGCAACAUUGAGCCACAAUACCAGCUCCCAAAAUAUGGUGAUAUCAGGUUUUAGUCGUCUGGAUGAACAAAAACCCUUUUGCUAUGGAGAAAAAUUGCAAGAAUUUAUUUGCGAUUGUCGCUAGGAACAGCUGGGUGCUUGACUGGCUCGAGCCAGCCAAGAUUAAGAUUAAACUAAAACGGAUUAAUUGUCAUAACCUCAUUUACUUAACACUAGGAUUGACCAGGUCUAAGGUGUAUAUAUAUAUGUAAAAUGUGUACUUACCUGAAAAUUCACACAAUUUUAUUAGAAUCUCUUAGUACGAGGCAGACAGACGUUUAUAUCACAGAAAGAAAAAGAAGUAGUUAAUUUUAAUUUCAUUAUACAAUUUUUUAAAUUCAAAUUCAAACCAACCUGCGCCAUAUCAUAAAUUCGAUAUUUAUAACAACUCGUCAUCGAUAGUUGCUCAUCACGACUCGGUGGCGAUAGUUGGUAACUUACAGAUAUUCAUCGUCACGUGUUAUCGUUGCUGAUCGACAAUCGUGCUGCCACUGCGUUAUCGAAUAUUUUUAAAUGCCUAUAUUUAAGAAAAUACGCAAUAAAUUUAUUUCUGUUGCCGGAAAUGGAAAACAAUA